AUGUCGCUUUUCAACCCCACCACUGUUCUGGUGGCUUUGUUGCUGCUGUACAUCUCCACAUUUAUCCUCUUUGCCUUUGUACGCGUGGCUACUGGUGUGUCCAUUCAGCGAGUUGGUUACUUCUCCCUGCGGCGUAUAUCAUAUACACCGCAAGAUGGCGUGCAAAUUGACAUCCGGGCCUUGGGUUUAUCUUUACAUCGGCCCUCCUUCUCGCAACCAACCUGGAUUAGGCUUCGCUUGACCGACCUUAAAGUCACCAUUGAUCCCCAAAAACUGAAAAACGGCAAUCAUGGCACCCGCGAAAGCUAUUCUUCGUCUUCAUCGACCACGGUGUCUAACAAUAGCUCUCCAGAAUUGCAUCAAGGUGCGACAUUCGGCUCAGCGAAAGGCUCAAAACGCAGCCAGACGUGGAGACGGCUAACGCGCUGGAAGGAAAGCUUGAAACGACUGCACACAUAUAUACAAUGGCUGGCAAUAAUUGACCUUCACGCCACAAAUACCUCCGUGUAUUUUGUUGACGCUGGGUCUAUACAAGUUGGAUCUUUAACUUUGGCGGUUGAUACUCGGCGGAAUAUGGUGGAACAAGGCCGUUUGUUCCGCCAUAAGAAACAGCAGCCACAGGCACCACGCUCUGCUGAGUGGAUUAUCAACAUUCGGAACAUUUUACUUGCGGUUGAUGGGCGGGAGCCCAUGGAAGUAAUGGAUAAUCUACAGUCGAAUAUUCACGGCCAUUUAUAUCGCGAUUUAGAGGGGCUUAGGGACACCUCUGUCGCUGUUAAGAUUGGCCGACUUCACUUCCCAUACGACACCUUGAUGCUACUCAGCAAGCGAAUUCAAGAAAGCCGAAAGGCGUCUUCCAAACUGGACAUGCCGAGCGAGACUGAUGAUGAGAUAUCGUUCGCCGAUUUCGUGGAGGAGCUGGAUAAGCCUGGAUCGAGGGAGGAAGCUAUUGUACAGACCGUCGCCGAUUCUAGGGAAUUCGUUACUUCAAUCUUGCGAGGUAUAGAAGAAAUACAGCUCGCGUUGAGCUUUUUCCGAAUCUCAAGGUCCUUCCAGUCGCUUUCAACAGGGCAAAAAGAUAUGCAACUGAACCUGGUUACUCACGAAAUCGGUAUUGACCUUCAUCGUAUGGAUCCGAAUUCACCUGCUCACCGAAUGUAUUUCCAAAGGCGUGACACUGCCCACCAGGCUUUGUUGGCCGCAAUAUCUAUAUCCGUGAGCAUGGAAGACGGUUCGGGUGCAACAGACAGGCUUCUUUACAUACCCAUGGCUACGACUACUAUUAAGACGACUCUCCCUUCUAAGACUGUAUAUGUCUCUGAUGAACGCGACGCCGCGGAACGCAACAGCAAUGUCUUAUUUGCAAAUUGCGUGAUCACGUCGCCAUCCUUGGAUAUGGAGCCUCGCCAUGUCUCGCAAGUUCUUCAGCUAGCAGAAACAAGGACACCAUCUCCUCGGGGCAAAAAGCGAGAUAACAAUCGCAUCAUAUCCCGCUUGCUACCUAAGGCCAGGAUCAACUUUUCUGUGCACGAACCUGUGGUACGCUUUGUGCUACCUAUCCCCAAGGAAGCCCCAGCCGAUGGUGGUGAUUAUAAUCUUCUCAUAUCGUCUAUCUCGUCUAUAUCACUCGAUAUCGAAUCUUUUCAUUCGUCUGAGGGUGGAUUUCACUAUUCCUUGUCCUCUACUUAUCGUGUUGCUUCCCACCAGCUUUACUACCAAACGCCUGCUGGUAUCAAGCACAAUUUAUUGCAAACACAAGAUAUGGAAAUUCGCGUGCAUCUCAACACAACACCGGAUAUUUGUGUUUUUGUGUCGGGAAGCCUUAAUUCGUUUUCAGCUCAUAUGGUCAAUCCAAACGUCAACCGGGGAAUUAAACAAGUUGUUGAACAAGUCCGAGCGCAAUUACAGCCAAGGAAUCGUAUGCCAAGCAUGAAUCCCGAACAAAAAUCAAGUUUCCUACGCCGUUUACCUCCUUGGUUGAUGCGAGUUCAGUUUGAGGCAAAUGAGUUGACCUUCGAGGUUGCGGGCCUUCCUCCCGGAUCAUCCAAGACAAACCGUGGAGUCGCACUUCAACUGGACUCAUGGACCGCUGACUAUCGAGCACAGAAACUCGAGCCCACAAAGAGCUCCUUAAGAAGACGGACAUCUAGUCAUUCUCAUUCUCAUUCCUCUCUUGGAGAUGACUCUCCUUUUCGUUUUACUCCAACUUCGCCUCCGCGACGAUCUGGUACUGGCCAUGCUGACGGACGAAGGCUAGCUGUUCAUAUUCGUGGACUGGAAGGCUUCGUGAUAGAAUCCGAGGAUUACAUGGAAUCCGAAUCUUUUCUUUCGCUACCCAGAUGUGAAGUUGCAUUGAGUACACAUAGUGAUCUUCAGGGUCCUAUAUUCCACAUAAACUCUUCUAUCAAGGCCCUCUUUCUGGAAUUUUCACUAUAUCGGACCUAUUCAUUGGGAGUUGCGCUGAAUGUUUUAUCUGAAACUUUCAUGAAAACUCUAGCCACGAACUCUUCGCACGCAUUUCAGUCCGAGGACUCAUCGUCUACAUUACCUGCUCCUCCACGGCCCCCUUCACAGCGCUCUGAGUUGACUACAGUUGACGUUCGUGUGGGACUUGUGCGGGUUAAGGGUAUCAUGCCCGAUGAUCCACGUUUCAUGUUGCAGGUAUACGGCUUAGCAGCAGGUAGUCAUCGCUGGUCAGCUCCAUUCGUUAGAUGGCAAUCGGCUCGGUUACAUGUUGCGUCACCUAAAUUCGGAAAUGUGUGGGCACGAUUCCUUUCAAUGAACACUGUUAGGGUUGACCUGCGAGAGAGCAAACGUCGACAUGGCCAAGAACUGCGAGAAGAACGAUCUAUUGAUAUCUCAGCUGAAUGGAUUCGCAUAGGUGUUCCAAGCCAUAUGGUUAUGCACCAAGUAUUCAAUAAUUUCAAUGUCACUUUCAAGUCGCUGAAAACGCUGUAUCAGAGAUUCAAAACAAACUCCGACAUAGAUGUCCUGGAGAAAGAACCAGAGGGACCCAAAAAGGUACCUCGAAUAUCUCUGCGCAGUAGAACACUAGCCUUCCAACUGGAAGAUGAUGCCUUUGAAUGGAAGCUUGGUUGCAUCUACCGUGCAGGACUUGUGGAACAACGGCAUCGUAUUGCUCGAGAGGAAGCCUUUAGGUUGAAGACCCAAAAGAUAAGGGAAGCGCAAAAUAGGCGAGCCCCAUCCCGUUUCCGCACUCAUUCCGCUCAUCCAGACCCUCAUCGCGGAAGAAGGAGUGACGAUCGAAGACGAAGUGUAAGCAUUGGCCCCGGGGAAGCCAGGAGAUCGUUUGAUGGUAAGCCUGAAAGUUACGGACGAGCCCGUUACGACACCGAUGGUGCUGCAAACAUCUCAUCCAGCUCCAAAGUAUCAGAAGAGGAAGCUUGGACUCGCUUGCAAGAGUAUAACUCUCGAAAUUGGAAAUCAAAAAUAGAUGCCGCAAUUCAAUUUCAAUCUGAAUCCAUCAAUCAACUACGAAAUGUUUUUAGCGGGGGGGAUCAGCCUCCAGAUGAUAUCGAGGACGAUGAACCAAUUCUCGCCUUUCCCACUCGGCCUGCAUUGAUGUCUACUUUAAUCAGUGACGUGCACCUUAUCAUUGAUAAACCCUCUUUCCCGGUUAAUGAAUAUGCCCAAUUUUUACAUAGAAUUGGCAAGGGAAUGCCUCUCGAUAUGAAAUACUCCCUUUUGAUCCCCAUGAGCAUUCAUCUGGACAUGGGGGAAGCCCGGGUCACACUUCGUGAUUACCCUCUGGAUCUUCUUCACAUUCCUGCUCUUCGUCCCGGCCAGUCUUCUCGAAUGCCAAGUUGGUCUUUACAAACAAAUUUUGUCAUUGCAGAGGAGUUCCGUACCCGCGAGUCGACAAGAGACGUGCCUGUUUGUAUUGUGCCCCCGACUAAACUUGCUGAUGGCCAAGAAACUCAAGGCUUAUAUAUCACUGUGCGGCGAACUAUUGCACCUGUAAAGACAUAUUCGGAGCCCACUUUUGACAUCAACACCAGUCUUCCAACAAGCAUUACUUGGUGUAUGUCGUACCAGCCUGUCAUACAAGACAUGAUGAAAAUAAUUGAAGGGUUUACUAAACCCGAACUUGAUCCAUCGGAGCGGGUUGGCUUUUGGGAUAAGAUUAGAUUGAGCUUUCACUCUCGAAUCAAAGUACGAUGGAAGGGUGAUGGCGAUGUUCACCUGCGUUUGAAAGGGUCACGCGACCCGUAUAUCAUAACGGGAUUCGGGGCUGGUUUCGUCAUGUGUUGGCGGAAAGACGUCCAAUGGAACAUUCACCCUACUGACGACCCCAAAGAAUUUAUGACCGUUACCAGUGGGGAAUACGUGCUUGCUGUGCCAGAUUAUAGCCACGAGGCCCGUUACUCGUAUGCGUAUGCACUAGAUGUCCCCAGCUCCCAGCAUCCUAGCGGCCAGGCAAAGAAUGCCGCACAUUUCAAGAAAGUGAUGAUGAAAUUGUCAGGCAGUGUGAAGUGGAUUGCAGGAUUAGUGUUUGAGCGCAAUGUGGACUCUGGGCGGUCCUUUGACUUCAAGUCACAUUUCCAUGUGGUGCUUAGGAACCCUCACUAUAUUGAUGAGUCUCAAAGAAAGGACUACGACGCCUACCGCGGGUUUCGGAGCAAUCAUAUCCACCUCUCUGUUGCGGUUAUCUCCCCAAACAAUACAGAGCAGCCGAUGUCAAACUAUAAUACCGUCCAUCUUACUCCCCGCCUCUUCACUCAUUUCUUUCAUUGGUGGUCUCUGUUCUCCGGGGUGAUGUCUCUCCCUGUGCGGCAGGGACCUCUUUGGCCGGGUAUUACCAAGACAAGUAAGAAGUUCGGCCGUCACCUGGCCACCGUCAAGUAUAAAUUACUUCUUUCUCCUCUGUUUGCUUCACACAUUUACAAGCAUAAAGACCCAGAAGAUUAUGGGGAAGAUGUAGUUACCGCCACUGGCCUCAAGGUUCGCCUUGCCAAUUUCAAAUUUGAUCUUCAUCAAAGACGCGAACGAGUCAAAACCCCGAUAAAAGGCCGUCUAAAACAAAUGAAGUCUAGCGCGAUGCGUAUUAACCGUGCAGAAUUGGACUUUGAGGCGGCCGAUUUCAGGGCAGUAUCCGCUAGUAUUGAAGGGACCACCUUGGAUGAGGUUUUGGGAGAUCACGACAACAUUGUUGAAUCAUUCCAGCAGCCCAUUGGCUCGGUUGAUAUGUCCCGUUUCAAUAUCCCCGACCAGGAUUAUACAUGGAUUGAUAUGGAUGAUUUUGUUGAAUUGGACUGGAUCCUCCCUCAAGAGUCCAAUCCCAAAACCAAGAUCUUGCCUCUUGCAUAUACCCCACGCUUUACCUACUUCCGACAGACUGACCACGGAAAUGCGCCAACAUCUGACCAUGCAGAUAGUCAAUUUGGCGACGAGCCAACGCAUAAUUGUGUUAUGUCUCAAGGAAAUGGCCCUUGGCAGGUGCAGAUGGACCUUAUAAAAGAUCGUCUGAAAACUCUUGAAAUACAAACGGCAAACCAUGAGCAUCAGCUCAGUGAGCAUGAGAUACAACUACAAAAAGCUGACGGAGAAAACCACGACUUGAAAAUCAAGCAUGAAUUACUAGUUCGUCAGGCAGAAUCCUUGGCGAGACGACACAAAUUUCUGGAUUCAGGACUUCGCCGUCUUGAAAAGCUUGUAUCCGGAGAAGAGUAUACGCAUGACGACUGCCAUGGCAGCGAAGCAUCGUCAAGAACUAGGGAAGACGUGGAAUCGGAAAGCGAUAAUGAUCACAAGAAAAUGGACGGGAACUACGAACCCCCGGAUAUUGACUCGGCUAACGACUUCAACAAUCGAUUCACGAUCCAUAAUCCGCAAGUAAAAUGGAACAAUGCGUUGCGAGAUAUCAUGGUGAGAUAUGGCCACCAAGUAAGCCAGCGGCGGGGAUUUGUGUACUAUAUGUCACAGCAGGCUGUCAAAUUCAUCUCCGAUAUUGUUGAGGAACAAAACAAACAUAAUCAACGACGGAAAGGGCUUUUUAAUCAUUCGCCUAGUCGCGGCGGUGAGAAAGAGCAGGAUGACGAUGACAGCGUUCAGGAUCGCAUCGAGCAAUUACUACAUGAUGCGAAGAGAUAUGUGAAUGCGGAUGAUCCGUCUUCCGCAUCGACUACUGAUCGAGUUCGACCGCACUCGAGUGAUUUUGCUGAGAAUAUCUCACCAGAAUUCACUUCGCAGCGCAGUUACCAUCUCCGUCUCAUUGCUCCUCAAAUUCAGCUACAGAGUGAUAAAAAUCCACGAUCUGUCACGCUUGUGACCGCGAAAGGCAUGUCGCUUAAAGUAUUGUCUAUCAUGGACAAACGCCGUGUUAGUGAUGACGUUAGCGGAUUGGUUCAGCGCAGAUUCUCACUGGACAUGGAUGGUGCUCAGUUUUUCGUUGCGACACAGAAGAAUCUUAAAGCCCACUUGCAAUUUUAUGCCGGCAACAAAUAUGGAAAUGCCCCUGGAUCAGCUUGGCCGCCGUGGCUGACCUUGGAAGCUAUGUUUGACUUUGAGCUUCUACCAUUUGGGUUUUCGAGGAUAAUCCAGAGGACUUCGGCAAGUCUUCGAUACGAUAAAUACAACAAUCUGCGUCUCAAGUAUAAUGAUCAAGUAGUGGGAAGCGAUAAUGAUUCGCAGAAUUACCACGAUGCUGAUGAGGGGCGUGUAGACCAAGUUUGGGUUGAAUUUCCAGAUGUCAGGGCUAUCUGCGACUCUACCGAAUACUACUCAACGUAUAUUAUUGUGUUGGAUUUGCUGCUUUACAAUGAACCUCUGGAAAAGGUCAGAAGUGAGAAGUUGGAGAAGAUUAUGUAUGCUUCUGAUUUCAGUGAUCUAAGAGGCGCACCGGAAACAGUCUUUAGGCUGCAAGAACGUAUUCGACAAUUCGAAGAGAUAAAAGAGUAUUUCCAAGUGCAAGCGCAUCGCCUUGACGCUAAGGGUUGGCAAGACAGAAUAACUCUUGAAAGAGAUUUGGCCAAUUGCGAAGAGGAGCUGUUUUUCAUUAUGAAAGCUAUCACAACAUCGCAAAGGCGGACUGAUGAACGAUCUCUAUCUAAGUCCAGGGCUUCUAUGCGGUAUUGUCUAUCAGCUUCUGAUAUUGUUUGGCAUCUUAUGAGGGACAGGAAUGAGCCGCUGGUUGAAUUUCAGCUGCGCAACGCUUCAUACGAGCGUACCGACAACACGGACGGCUCCAAUCAUAAUGUCAUGGAAAUCCAACGGUUGUACGCACUGAAUUUGUUGGAAAAUGCCGUCUAUCCUCAAAUGAUUGUUCCCUAUAUGGACCAUAAAAGUCGGACUGAGAUGAGCGGAGACAUGAUGUUUCGUGUUCAGUGGUACAUGUUGGAAGCCGUUGCGGGUAUCCCGGUGCUAGAUCAAUUCGAAGUUAAUAUGUUCCCUCUAAAAGUUCAAUUAGAGAGAGAACUUGGAAAGAAACUGUUCGAAUACAUUUUCCCUGGCGUUGGUUCUAAUGCCUUUGAAAAUGGCGCCUUCUCACCGUUCAUGGUCAAACACAUAAAACCCAUGGAUGAAGAGGAAGACGAGGAGGAUACAAAUGACAUUGGGACUCCCGAUUUUAUCCACACCCCACGUAGCCAAGGCAGUACUUGGACUGGGGAAGAUCCGCAAGCUCUUACGGGUGCUGGUUCUAUUGAAUUGAGACUGCAGCCAACAAUGAUAUUACCGGACAACAACCGGAAAACGGCACAAUCUUCGCGCACAAACAGGCUCAAAGUUCCGCAACUGACACGAAUGAACAGAGACGGUAAUCGCACUUCGCAGGCAGAUAAAUCAGGCGUAGGUCUUCGGUCAUCUGCCCUUAACAAAAAGAAGUCUGCAGAGAGUAUGCGAGCGUUGACUAGAACGUCCACCGAAAGAUCAAUUGCGGCGGGAUCUAUUGCGUCAGGCAGCACAGGCGAAAGUAAAAAGUUUUCACUUGUUAAGAGCUCAAAGAAAGAGCAAACAGAUGACCUCACACAAAUGAUGUCGAGGGCGUCUAACUACAUGAUCCUCGCCCAUGUCAAAAUCAAUGACGUUGUGCUUUGCUUGAGCUACAAAGGCAGGGGGGAUCGGAACAUUGAAGAUGUGCAUAAUUUCGUGUUCCGUCUACCAGUGCUCGAGUACCGUAACAAGACGUGGUCAAAUCUAGAGCUUGCUCUACGCCUGAAGACGGAUGUCAUCAAAGCUUUGAUAUCUCACGCUCCAGCUAUCCUAGGCAACAAGUUCUCGCGUCCGCGCCCAAGCAAACAACAACAGCAAAGAUUGCGAGAGCUGGCAUCCUCAUCUCAAAUACUCCCUGCUUCAGAUACUGCUCUGAAUAGUGGCUAUAGUCCAACAUCGGCGACGCAAAGUAUAAAUAGUCGGGAUACAACUGGCAGUAAGCGUUUUCAGCUCAACCAUGCCGCUACCUCUCCUUCUUCCCCCCAUUCCGCCCAUUCCACAGCGAUGAGCUCAGGGACAUAUCCUCUCCGAAAAUCCAUUUCCUAUUCUUCAAGCAACGUCAGCAGUUUGAGGGAGCCCGGCAUUAUGAUCAACGACACCCUAGUGACAAGAGACAACGAUAGCUCAGCAUCAAAACAAGAAUUGAGAGAAGAGCGUCCAAAGACCUCACAAGGCCUCGGUGCUCACUCUCAAGAUGAGAGGUAA